AUGCGCACUUCCGUCUUCUUCGCUGCUCCCCUCGUGGCCAUGGCUGCCGCUCAGAGCUCGUCGGCAUCCGCCAAUGAGACCUCUGUCCUCAGCACCAUCCCCAUCUCUUCUUCCAGCGUCCCUUACACCAACGGAUUCACCUCUUUCCUCACCCAGACCAACUCUCUCGGUGUCGUGACUGGCCAGCCUCUCCCUGCAACCUCUGUCGGUGUUGCCGCCACUAACGCUGCUAUCUCAUCCGUCGCUGUGCAGCUUGUUCCUGCAGGCCUUGCUCCUGGCACUGUCACCACCCUCAUCUACGGCAAUGUCACCGCUGGUAACGCCACUUCCAUCGUCGUCACUGUUGGCGCUUCAACCACUCAGGUCUUGAGUGCUGCCGUCGUCGCGGCAACCGGUUCGGGCUCUUCUUCUACCGGCUCUUCUGGCGCUGGUGCUGCAUCAUCGGCCUCAGGCUCAAGCGGUUCCUCCAGCGGAUCUUCCUCGCGUGGUAGCUCCAGCACUGCCUCUCGUGCAUCUUCCGCUGCAGCAUCCGGCAGCUCAGCAGCAUCCUCUGCUGCCGCCGCUUCCUCUACUGGCUCGGCCGCCAACGUCAAGGUCGGUGCUGGUGCUCUGAUCGGUGCUGGUGUCUUCUUUGCUGCUUUCAUGUAA